UUGAUUCUAAUUUUAGUGGAUCUGAGCGGAGUGCCGCCAUCCAGAUCGUUCUUGGAGAGAUCGGAUUAUGAAUCUGAGCUAGGGACCGUCGACCCUUUUGAAGAGGAUUUCACCAGUAUCGCGACUCAUGAGAUUGUCGAGGUCAUCGCCGAUGGCGAUCGGGUUGGAAGGCCCAUCAUCGUUUUUUACGCUUACCGGCUGCCACCGAGUAAAUCUAUAGAUCAUGCUCAGUUGCUGCGAUACUUACAGUCGGUACUCGAUAAGGUGGUUGACUUGGACUAUACGAUAGUCUAUUUUCAUUAUGGCCUCAGGAGUCACAACAAACCUCCAAUCAAAUGGUUGUUCCAAGCUUAUAAAAUCUUGGAUAGGAGAUACAAGAAGAAUCUGAAAGCCCUCUAUGUCGUACAUCCGACCCGAUUUAUCCGUAUAAUUUGGGGUUUAUUCAAACCAUUCAUCUCUUCCAAAUUUGAGGAUAAGUUUCAUUAUGUGAACUGUAUAAAGGAGCUGGAGGAUGCCCUUUCUGUAGCAAGAUUAAACUUACCUCAUCCCAUUCGCGUUCAUGAUGAACAAAUAAUAGCAGCGAUGGGAAGUUCACCCAAUGAUUACCGAUCUCAGACACCACCCACACCACCAAGACCUACCCAGCAAUUUGGAGUCAGUCUAGACUUAAAAAGUGCUAACAUCGGCAGCAUUCGUAGACUUCAAGAACGAAUAAAUAAAGGAGAGCAAAUCGACUUCGAGAAUGAUCCGGAAUACAAGGACAAUAUUUAUAUUGCAUGUAUACAUGCCUCAGUCUUGCUGAAGACUUUCUUGCGGUCACUUGGGGAGCCAGUCACAACUAACGCCCUCUACCCUCGUCUUGCUACAUUGGCAGAUGUGCCGAAAGGUGAAAAGACACCGGCUGUGAAGGAGUUCGUCGCUCUGCUUCCUCGGCCAAAUUAUAUUCUACUGAAAACUGUGGUUGAAUUUUUGACCAAGGUUGCGGCCAACCAUAAAGUAAAUCUCAUGACUGCAAAUAAUCUCAGUGUCGUUUUCGGGCCGAAUCUUACGUGGCCUACUGAUCAGCAAGUGCCUAUAGCUCAGCUGAAUAACCUGAACAAUUUCUGCUAUCGACUAAUAGUCGACUACGACAAAAUUUUCAAAUGA